AUGACAAUAUUAACGAGGAUUGGAUUUUGGUUGUGUUUAACGGGAUCAUUUCCGGUUUCGUACACUUCUCCAGUUAGUAUACAAAAUGGCGGAUACGAAGGGAUCGUCGUUGGUAUAUCGGAAGAUGUGCCAAAUGAAAAUUGUCGGACGAUCAUCGAUAAUCUAAUGACACUCGCUCGUUCUUUUGCUUUCUCUCUACCUUAUUCGGAUUAUAUUUUUUAUUAA